CGCGACAACAUACACGAGUGUUAGUAUCUUGGCUUCGGCCACCAGGCCAAGCAUGUCCUCGACUGCUUGCAGCUUGCUCGCUCCUGACCUCAAUGUUGGACUCUCCCGAGAUGCCCCGUGCUAGGACCCCCAGUCCAGACACCGCCAGUGCUGGAAAGGCUUUCGGCCAGACACGAGAGUCCGCGACAAAGCUGCCGAUAUCACACUCGGAUGAACCAUCAACGACGAAGUCAAAGGCGACGCCACAAAGACAGCAGGUCGAGGCUCAUAGCCAGUGACAGUUGCCUGCGAUGGAAGCUCUACGACCUCUACUCAUGCAGCAUCUGCCACGAGCAGUUCUGUCAACCUUAAUGCUUCGCACGCUGGCUAUUUACCAAACGUCUUCGCUCAUCUCUGCGAACCGUUGUGCGGUGCACAUGUUGAGCGCGUCGUGGGUAGCUUCCUGCCGGCCCCCGAACGUUCAAUGCAUGACUCUUUAGGUUUCUCACAGCCGGAAUCUCCUACCCAUGAUAAUAUCUUCACAGAUAUCCUUAAGAGCCAACUUCUCAUCGUGAUUCUCAGAUUUGCUUCUAACGUGUAGCUUUGUUCCACAUCAAUAAUAAGAUAUGAGCGAUCUGGACUGGGAAGAGCGACACUUCAGCCGCGAUGACCUUCUCUACAGCAUGGCGGAGAGCUUACAACAUGAAACGCCCACACGGCAUAGUCGAUUCUCUUGGUGGAAGAUGGCAGUUAUAGCAGCGCGAGAGAUCGUUGAAGAAGAUGACCGACCUUCCUUCGAUGCCAGCUCGUGCUACUCACAAGGCAGUGCACCAACCGCAAUCACAGAGCCAGCUAUGCCUGCCCCAUUGAGACUGUUGACUUCGAAGGCUGCUCUCCAGCCAUUCGUAUUGCACAAACAAUCAGGUAGCAUCGACUCCGAGCUGGACUCGCCGCUCUCGCUUAGCGAAACUAUCAACAUUGAGGACUGGCCGACUCCCCCAACCAGCGCCAUAUCACCUACUCCCAAAUCGGAAUUUCCGACCUCGAAGGCUCCCUGGAUGGUUGUCUCUCCCAAGAGGUCAGGCUCCUCUCGAAGUCCACUGGGUCCGGCUCAGCCUCAAUCGCCAGGCCCAAUCGCAAAAUCCACACAGCCAGCGAUGCCACCGCAGAUAAUGCAGCCGCUACCACAGAAACCACCAUCGCUGAGGAUAGAUACACAAAUGAGACAGCCUGUGCUACCUGGAAAAUCAGUCGGGCGCACACCAGAGAACAUUUCUCAGUUCAAUCAAAGCCAGCCGCUUGAUGAUGAGUUUUUGCAAUGCCAGCUAGCUCAACUUCGAUCAGAGGUCAGGACCCUCCAACACAAGUCUUCCACCCUCGAAGAGGCCCUGAAGCAGACAGUCAACGAUCGAAUCGCCGUGCUCGCAAGACGAGUAGCUAUUAGUCCCGACAGCUGUUCAUUAACCGAUCCGAUACUCGAUCCCUACUCGCCUGUGCUGGAGAGAGGCAGACCUGUGACCAGAUCAGGCUAUGCGCUGAACGAGGGCGGAUUCUGGGAGGGCAGGCCGUCCACGUCUCUCAGCAUGCUACCAGAAAUCGAGGUCCGACACCGACCUUCACGGGCCUCGCGCAUUCGACCUGUUCAGAGCGCGGCAGAGAUGAAGAGACCUUCACCGCCAAAGCUCAGGAAGAAAGCAAGCUUGAGCCUAUUGCCGAGCACCGCUGGGCCGCCUAGGACCGAUUUGCCUUCAAUCUUUGCAGAAACCAGUCCACUUGAACCGCCGCCAUUUGGGCAAAUUGCUAUCACAAGCAAACCGCACACAAGAUCCAUGUCUGGAAUUCACGUUUUUCGCCGUGCGCAUAAGCUGUCUGGAGAGCUUGUAUCACGGGAGCCCAAACUCCACAAGAUCGUUGACAUUUGGAGGAAUUUCGGGAAAAUUAGUGCACCUUAG